AUGAAAACUGCUUUGGACAAAGGAACUGUCACGAAAAAAGGAAAGCUUCGCAAGCGCAAAAAGCAGACGGUGCCCAGCAAUCUUUCGAGCAACAGCAAAAGGCCAGCGGAGACUACAGAGAAUUUAACUAGUCACCCUGAUGACUUUACUAGUAGAGAAAACCUAGGGGACCUGGAUCUGGACGAUUUCUUUGCCACUGUGGCCGAAUCGAUUGAAAAGGAGGAAGAAGAAAAUUCAGUGUCUUCAGUCGAGGGCGAAGCUGACUUGGAGUCCGAUGACGAGCAAGCAGUUGGAGCAAGCAAGAAACCCAAACAGGAGGACUCCGUAUCUGACAGCGACAGAAGUAACAGCGAUGACGAAGACGUCGAUAACGCCGAAGCCCGAAUGAAGGAAGAGAUGGCAAAAAUGGAAAAAGCGGACCCGGACUUUCACAAAUUUUUGAAAGAAAAUGAGGAAUCACUUCUCGAGUUCGGUGAUGCUCACGGGGAAAAUGGUGAAGACAACGUAGAUACGGAAACGUUGGACGACGAGGUGAUUGAGAAUGAAAAAGAAGGGGAACACCGCAAAGGACAACCGGCUGUGGUUUUGACGCCUGUAGUCCUAAAGGCGCUCUAUCAGGGUACUUUUGUUUCCCACGGUGUCACAAGCUUAAAAAAGCUGGUCAGCGCGUACAGGGCAGCUUGUCAUUUAGCCGAUAGUACGUCCGAGGACGACAAAAAGGCACCACGAGAAGACGGAAAGGACUAUAUCAUUGAAUCGUCGAAAGUAUUUGAUCAACUGAUGCUUCUUUGUUUGAACAGAUGCCACGAAGAGUUUCGCUUUCAUCUUCUCGGUGAAGAAAAAGCAGAGAACGAAGAGGAGAUUACAAUAGAAACAACAAGGCAAGAGUCGGAUGAGAACAAGCCAAUCAAUCCUUCAAAGCUGUCUAAAUCUGGAAAAUGGGACAAUAUUCGCCCGAUUAUUCUCUCUUUCUUCCGAUCAACGCUUCACGUAUUGGAUGAAGCCAAGGAGCCGGAACUCGUCACUGUGAUUGUGAAGGCCUUGUCAAAGUACAUCCCAUUCCUGUCAGCUUUCGAGCGCAUAGCAGAAGGGAUGUUGAAAGCGUUAACCGCUCUGUGGAGCGCUCCUUUGGAUUCUUCGGAAGACUAUCAGGUUGUGCGACUCAACGCAUUUUUUCGUAUACGGCAACUCGCACUAACUCAACCAUUUCCGUUCGUUGAAACUUGUCUGAAAAAGAUUUACUUGGCGUAUGCGCGUCGCGCGAAACUCGGAGUCUCCUCUUCGGCUACGACUGCAAUGCCCACAUUGACUUUCAUGGGCAACUGCCUUGUUGAGCUUUACAGCCUGGACUAUCAUUCGUCGUAUCAGCACGCGUUUGUUUACAUUCGGCAGUUGGCGUUGCUUCUUCGUGCCGCAAUGCAAAAGAAAACAAAAGAAUCGUUUCAACAAGUCUUUUGUUGGCAGUACGUACACUGCUUGAAACUUUGGGUCGCCGUAUUAUCGCAGGCCGCACCCACUGAUGACGGCGCCAUGAUGCGUUCGCUCAUCUUUCCGUUGACCGAAAUUAUCCAGGGCACUUGUCGUCUCGUUCCUGCACCAGUUCGCCACGUACCAAUGCGAUUCCACUGCAUUCGACUGUUACAGCAGCUUGCGGCGGCUUCCGAAUCCUUCAUUCCAACAACGUCGUUUUUGCUCGAAUGCUUGGACUGGAAAGAAUGGUAUUUAUCGCCGAAGAAAGUAAAAGGUGGAGGAGGUGCGACGCGGGGUCUGCAAAUGCAGUAUCUGCUGAAACUUGGCAAAGACGAUGCUUUACGGACGCAGGAACAGUUGGAGCCAGCUAUUAGUGAAUGGUUUGUUUUGAUGCAACGCGAAAUUGAGCUAUACCGCUACUCAGCGGGUUUCCCCGAGUUUAGUAUUCGCAUCGUACAGCGCCUCAAGCUAUUUUGUAAAGAAACACGCAACGCUCGUUGGCGUACGUAUGCUCGGGGCUGUAUCGACACAUGUGAUCGCUAUCGAGUGGAAGCUGUGGCUGGAAGAGCCAAGCUGCAAGAAGCUCCAAAAGAUGUGAACCGCCUCGAGUGCUUGCGCCCUCAUGGAGUCCCAGCUAUGGGAAACCGUCUCCAGGCGGAUAUAGACAAGGAGGCCAAGGCCCUACAAGCAAGCCAAUCUGCUGUACCUUCCGUUAAAAAUUGCAAUAAACGCAAGAGCGAUGACGGGCCUGAACAAGACGCGGCGGGAAACGAAGAAGACAAAACAGAGAGCAAGUCAACUAAGCGAAGACGAAAGAAGAAGGAAGCGGCGGCUAAGAAGAACCAAAACCAGGAAUAUGAGAUUGUUGGCGAGGAAGUUCUCGAGCAAAAGGAUCAAGUGAAGGAGGGGAUCGACUGGUCUGACGACGAAGAUUAG